UUUCCUUAAAAGUGACCUUGAUAUCUAACGACUGUGUAUUAUGUUGAUAAACUGAAAGAUCUAACAAUCUUUGCGCACUUUACUUUUUAUUUUUUGAUUUUGGGUUCUAUUUAUUUUUUGAUUAUAAGGUAAACAAACUAAUCAGUAAUUCUUUCAAUAAUAUUUUCUUAACUCAUUGUAAUCCUUAUAUAACCUAUUUAUCAUGGAUGAAGAUUAUGUCCAAGCUGAUGACCCUGAAAUUGUUGCUGAAGAGUAUAUGAUUGGAAACGAUGAAGAUGAUGGGAGCUCAUUUUCAGAACCUUCUCCUCCUCCUAAACCGAAGAAAUCACCAUCAAUUAAAAAGGCAGCAGGACCGAAAAAAAAGGCCCCCACCAAGUCUGCAAUGGUAACUACAGAUCCUCUGAAGGCUUCAGCAACCUCGCAGGCAAAGGGUGGGACUAGAGAUUUCCCAUUUAAACAAAGAUUCUUACUUAAUUAUGGCCAUAACGAAGAAUACUAUCAACAAAGUAUGAGAUAUAAGUCACAAUGGCAAGAUAAAAUGUUUUACCUUUCAGAAGAUCAAUUGAAAGAAAAUACAUCCAAAGACCCUCAUACUUUGAAGCUGUUACCCGAUGUGAGCAGUGGGAGUAUCCCACCUCUCCUUUUGGAAACAGUUAAUGAAGAGCAGUUUCUGAAUUUAUUUGGACUUAAAGGUGGGUCAGAAAUUAAAUUAUCUUUGCAACAGGGCCCAAAAGAAAUUUCUACCAAGCUUAAUUUUGGUGAAUAUUUGAAGUUGAAUGAUUCAAUUGCUAGAAAUGGUUUAUUUUUAAAUGCCGGAGGACAUGUGACAUCUAUGAAAUGGUUGCCUGGUGUAUCUGAAGAUGAAAGAUAUCAUUACUUGGCCACUACAGUUAUACGAAGUGCUAAUGGAAUAGAAUCUACUAUAAAUGACCACAAAAUAUCUCUUUUGGAAUCUAAAAAUAGUCAACUCAAUUCUGAUUUAAAACAUGGUAUUCAAAUUUGGAGAUUUGAUUCUCAUCAGAAUCAUUUCAGUCUAUAUAAAUUCCUUCUUACAACGUCAAUUGGUAUAAGUUCUGACAUAGGGUGGAUUCCAAGUAAAUGGACUCAUGGUACAUCAGACGAUGAUAUUUUGGGAGUGUUAUGCGGGACAUUUUCAGAUGGGAAGCUCCACGUUUUAAAGAUCAACAAAAAUACUUAUCCUAAUCAACCAGAAUUGGCAAAUAUAUUACAAACCUCGUUAAGUUAUGGUAUCAGUGAUACUUUAGAUAGUACUGUAUCGAUAACGUGCUACGAUUUUUUAGGUCAUGGAAAGAUUUUCGUUGGUUUAUCAAAUGGAUCAAUUGCAGAAUUUAUAUUACCAUAUCUAUAUUCGGGUGACGUUUCACAAGAGGAGAGUGACAUAACAAUCCCAUCUUAUGUGAUAUCUCUCACGGAAGCUGCUAUAUCAAGUGUAGUGGUGGGUGAAACCGAUCCUAAUCAUUUUACUUUAGUGGUGAAUUCCACUGGAAGUCAAUGCUUUGCAUUGGAAUAUGAAGACUUUCAACAUGGAAGUAUUGGAUCUUGGACUACCAAUUCCUUAAUAAAACCAAUAUACAAUAAAAGUUUGAAACUCAUUGUUUCAACUGAUUCUCAAGAUUCAUUAAAUUAUUCGUUUGCAAGACAUUUACAUGAAAAGCCAACUUUAAUUAUGAAAGUGGACGGAACUGUCACAUCCUAUCAUACUUCAGAAAUUUUAAAUCACCCAUUGGCCCUUUGUGGAUCGUCAAUUGGAGAGGUUCAUGUGGUUAAUAUUGCUAGAAAGAUUCUUCAAGGAGGGAAAACAUCUACUAAAGUCAUUACCCCAUUAUUACUCUGGAAAUUGUCGAAGCAUGGGUCAGAAAUACACAUUUCUGGUGAUCUUGUACCGACGGUGGCUGAUAGGACAACCAAGUUAUAUAUUGCACCCCCAGAGGUUAGUAUAUCUGCUGUUGCGUGGAAUGAAAAUCUUGAUGCUAGUUCCGUAUACACUGCUGCUACAGUUUCCGGGUUAAUAGUUUUGGAAAGAUUGGAUCCAAAAUUCCAUCAGUAAUAUAUCUGCAUAAAUUUGUAUACUAUGUAUUUUUUUCUAAAUUUUGAAUUCACCAAGU